CUGAGGAUCAGAGUGCAGCAGGCUGGAUGUGACGAUGGGGCACUCUUUGCUCUACAUGAUGGGCUUUUUCUUGCUCAGUACUGUCAUCUGUGGAAACGCUAAAGAUUACAGUACAGAUUUACAAGAAGAUGAUGAUUUGUCUCCUCCUAAGCCCACUGUGACCCUGCAGCCAUCCUGGACUCAGAUAUACAGCGGUGAGACAGUCACUGUCAGAUGUGAGAUUCAGGGAGGUGAAGGAGCUCAGUGGACGUAUGAAUGGAGACCAGCCAAGUUAAACACACCUCCAACAUCCAAUGAAUACAGAAUCAACAGCACUACUGAGUCUGACAGUGGAGGAUACAGCUGCCGGGGCAGAAGAGACUCUUCUUGGACAAAGUGGAGUGACAUCACCUCAUUGAAAGUAACAGCUCCUCCUAAGCCCACUGUGACCCUGCAGCCAUCCUGGACUCAGAUAUACAGCAGUGUGAUAUACAGCGGUGAGACAGUCACUGUCAGAUGUGAGAUUCAGGGAGGUGAAGGAGCUCAGUGGACGUAUGAAUGGAGACGAGGCCAAGUAAACAUACGUCCAACAUCCAGUGAAUACAGAAUCAGCAGAGCUACUGAGUCUGACAGUGGAGGAUACAGAUGCCGGGGUAGAAGAAGCUCCUCCUGGACAGAGUGGAGUGACAUCACCACAUUAACUGUAUCAUCUCCUCCUAAGCCCACUGUGACCCUGCAGCCAUCCUGGACUCAGAUAUACAGCGGUGAGACAGUCACUGUCAGAUGUGAGAUUCAGGGAGGUGAAAGAGCUCAAUGGAUGUAUGAAUGGAGACGAGGCCAGAAAAACAUACAUGAAACAUCCAGUGAAUACACAAUCAGUAGACUUACUGAGUCUCAUGGUGGAGGAUACAGCUGCCGGGGCAGAAGAAGCUCUUCCUGGACAGAGUGGAGUGACAUCAUCACAUUGAGAGUAACAGUUCCCAUUAAGUCCACUGUGACCCUGCAGCCAUCCUGGACUCAGAUAUACAGCGGUGAGACAGUCACUGUCAGAUGUGAGAUUCAGGGAGGUGAAGGAGCUCAGUGGACGUAUGAAUGGAGUCCAGACAAGUUAAACACACCUCCAAAAUCCAGUGAAUACAGAAUCACAGUUACUGAGUCUGACAGUGGAGGAUACAGCUGCUGGGGCAGAGGGGACUAUUUGUUAACAUACUGGAGUGAAACCAUCACACUGACUGUAUCAUCGAAACCAAAGGCUGAACUGAGAGCUGAUAGGACAGCUGUUCCAGUAGGGGGCAGUGUGAUCCUGACCUGCUCUGUGAGCCCACCAUCAUCAUCAUCAUCAUCAUCAUCAUCAUCAUCAUCAUCUGGAUGGAAAUACUACUGGUACAGAGAUGGGAAAUCUUAUGAACCUCUGACAAAUGAACAAAUCAGCGUCUCAGAGGGAGGACUCUACAGCUGCAGAGGAGGAAGAGGAGAACCAGUUUACUACACAGAGGACAGUGAGACAGUCAGGAUUGACACAACUGUGUCAAACAGGCCUGUUGUGACUCUGUAUCCAAACUGGUCUGAGAUAUACAGAGGAGAGACGAUCACUGUCAGAUGUGAGAUCCAUGGAGGAGACACUGAGUGGGAUUAUGAGUGGGAAACAAACAGCAUCAGAAAACCUCCAAAUCAAAAUGAAUACAAGAUUAAAUCUGCUUCAUCAUCCAACAGUGGAAACUAUCACUGUAAGGGCAGAAUGAAAAGUUCACAGAAUAAAACAACAGAGUGGAGUGAUUCAGUCACACUGACAGUUUCUGACAAUAAACCCCGUCCUGUCCUCACUGUGUCUCCAUCAUGGCUGAGUCCUGGAGCCUCAGUAACUCUGAACUGUCAGGUUGAACAUCCGUCUGCAGGAUGGAGCUUCUACUGGUAUAAAGCUGUUCCUGAUCUAUCAGAGAAAUCCUCCAGUUAUGAGCUGCUACCUGAUGGCAGUGGGACUGCACAGGACUCCUACAUCAUUCAUGGACAGACACACACAGCAGGAUAUGUGUGCAGAGCUGGAAGAGGAGACCCAGAGUAUCACACUGAUCACAGUCAACCAAAGUUUGUCUGGUCUGCAGAUGUUCAUUCAGCAGCGUCUCUCACAGUGAGUCCUGACAGAGUGCAACACUUCACCUCUGACUCUGUCUCACUGACCUGUGAGGGAAACUUCACUGAGUGGAGAGUGAGGAAGUUCUCUGAGGACGGCCGACUCUCUGACUGUAGGAGAAUGACUGGAUCCACAUGUAACAUCAACACAUCAAAGUCAGAUACUGGAGUGUACUGGUGUGAGUCUGGAUCAGGAGAGUUCAGCAGUGCAGUCAACAUCACUGUACAGAGUAUGUUAUUAUACAUUUACUUCUUGGAUCUGAAUGAUUUAGACGUCACAUGAACAUUUGUCCCAGCUUUGCUGUA